CAUUUAAUAAAUAAAAAAACACGCAGUCUUCUUCUUCUCUCUCUUGCGCCUCAUCCCUACUGCUCUACAUCUCCUCAAACUUCCGUCGAUUCCGUCAAAAAAUCAAUCAAAUUCGACCUGAUUCAUCCUCAAACUUCAUCAGAUUGAAUAAUUGGUGAAUUUCAUCAUUUUUUUUCUGGUAAACCAAACACGGUACACGGAAAUCCACAAAAAUGUUCUCCCCUAUUUCACUGCAUCUAAAGUUCUACACCCCUCUUUCUCGAUUUCCAUAACCCUAAAAAACCUAACUUUUUCAUUCUCUUGACCUUCUCCCUCUUGGCUUAUCAAAUUCUCGUCGUUGGAAAAUUUGUUUAUCCAACUUGAUUCAGGUGAUGUCAGACAGCGAAAGAUCAUACGAUGAAGUUCGGGACAGCAUGUGGGAAAACGAAGCUUCAGAUGAUGAAGCUGGGAAGACGUUGUCGGACAACGGAAGUCCAGGCGAUGAACCUUUGUCGAAGAAGCCAAAACUUGCUAGCGACCUUAAUGAAGUCACUAUUGAUGAGCAUUUGGAAGCAAUUGAGGAAGCUGCUUUAAAAGAGUUAAUCUUGGAUACUUGCGGAAAUUUUCUGGUUGGUUGCAAGGAAUUACCUGGUCAACUUUAUGAUAGUCUGAUUGAAGGACUUACCACUCUUGUUUACCUGUUGUAUGCCAAGGAGGAUUUAUACCGGAUGGGAAGUUCUCGCAUGGUUAUUGAUCAACAAAACAAGUUUUGGGAAGAACUUGCACCUAUAGGAGAGAAGAAUGAAUCAGUUUUUGAGUUUUGCAAGUGGAUUUUCUAUAAAAAGGUUGACCCGGAAAGAUACUCUUUGUUGACCGAACAUGAUCUUGGCACAAUGGUUUCGCGUUAUAGCAGUCUCUCAUAUAAGAAGCCUUAUACGUAUUAUCGCGUCGAGGAAAAUAUGAAGAGUACUAUUGAUGAUGACAUUCUGAAAGCAAUCAGAAAAGUAAAGCUUUGUCCAAGAUUAUCGGUUGAUCAAUAUACAUAUGUACUGAUAGAGAUGUUUACGGAUCGUGAUAUGAAAUGUCAAGAGUUUUUGAUCGCCAAAGCUGUGGAGAUAAUUGAUAUUGAAACCUUGUACAGCUUAGAUGCUCAUUCACUGUCUUUUAUUAUUGAGUGGCCAGACUCAAAGAGGUCUCCCCAUGAAGAGUUUGACAGCCUUCUUAAAUUUCACUUAUUCAACAUUACUCUAUGGAGAAAAAGAAUGGUCAAAGAAAAUGUGGAUGAUGCGACUUUUCCUUUUACUUAUUUAUUGGUGCAUUGGAACAACAUAAUGCCUCUGCGCGGGCAUUUUGAUUACUUUAUUGAAGUUGCUGAACUUCGUCGUAAGGCUGAAGGGACUCGUUUUAUCAACAGGGAUCAUUUCAUGUGGGCCUUUCGUGAGAGAGGAUAUGAGCUCCCUAGUAUGUUUAUGGAUAUUGCAGCCUCUAGAAAUGCUGAUGAUAAAGCUGAUCAACCUCCUUAUCACAUAUAUUUGACUGCAGUUGCGUUGUCAAAGGCUGGUCAAGAGCCCCUUCAAUUUGAACAUCUUGCCUUUGCGGUGGUUUUCAGCAAUUCUUUUGGCUUUUCUAAUGAGGAGGUAAAUGUCUUAAUUGGUCGCUAUGACCUGGUAAAUCUGCUUCUGAGGUUUUCAUAUAUGUGUGCGUGUGCUUUAUUUUUGAAGGGAAUUUCCAGUGUUAUUUGCAGCUCUUGUUACAUGUCAGUUUCUAAUAUUUUCAUUGUUAUUUUAAGGUGAAAAAAAUGAAAGUCGACUUCCAAGCUUUCAAGACUGGUAUAAUUGUGAACUAAUUAUGUGCUCUCCUGUAUCUCAAUUUUUCUCCUUGUAAAUAUAUACGAAUAUCAAAUUGUAGAAUAUUUGAUAAGAUUGUCAUUAUCUUAUGCUAUUCUUUUCAGCUUUAAGUAACCAUGGUGUGAGUGUCCCAAAGGAUCGGUCUGCAUUCAAAACCAAGUCUUAUUUUUAUGACUAGGAGGCAAAAACAACUAGGUGGUUCAAAGGUAGAAUUAAGGAAGGCUUGUUCGACAAGUUAGCCUUUUAAGCUCAUACAUAAUGAGAUUGUGAUGGACUUGUGUAUUUCAACUAAUCUAAAAAUGUUAUAAAUUUUAAUUUGUGAUUGAUAGUGUUAUACUGGUUGAUCCAA